AUGUGGCCAGAAGAGCAAGCAUGAAUCUUGUUGUCGCUUUCCUUAUCCAGCUCACAACUCUUGUUGGAAGUUUGACAUGCCUCCCUGAACAAACCCACAUGAAAUUAUUAAAUGAAGUUUAUUAUUCUCAAAUUGACACACAAAAAUAUCAAGAAGAGACUUGAACAAGGCUUUAAACAAAGGCCUACAAAAACCCAUCACCAUUUCAUAAUUUUUCCAUUGUUCUUUCCUCUCUUCCACCUCUCAACCUUUCACUCAUCUUCAUCCCCCAAAACCCUUUUUUUUCUUUUUUGAAUUAAUUACUUGUACAAUUUAGAAAAUGAGAGAAAUCUUGCACAUUCAAGCUGGGCAAUGUGGAAACCAAAUUGGAGGCAAAUUCUGGGAGGUUAUGUGUGAUGAGCAUGGGAUUGAUCCCACUGGAAAAUACAAUGGAAAUUCUCACCUUCAGCUUGAGAGGGUGAAUGUGUACUACAAUGAAGCAAAUGGUGGCAGAUAUGUGCCUAGAGCAGUCUUGAUGGAUCUUGAGCCAGGGACCAUGGACAGCUUAAGAACAGGUCCUUAUGGGCAAAUUUUCAGGCCUGAUAACUUUGUGUUUGGCCAAAAUGGAGCAGGAAACAACUGGGCUAAAGGGCAUUACACAGAAGGAGCUGAGUUGAUUGAUUCUGUUCUUGAUGUGGUUAGAAAAGAGGCAGAGAAUUGCGAUUGUUUGCAAGGGUUCCAGAUUUGCCAUUCACUGGGAGGUGGAACAGGGUCUGGGAUGGGGACCCUACUGAUAUCAAAGAUCAGGGAGGAGUAUCCAGAUAGAAUGAUGAUGACUUUCUCAGUCUUCCCUUCACCAAAAGUUUCUGACACUGUGGUUGAACCCUACAAUGCCACCCUAUCUGUUCACCAAUUGGUGGAAAAUGCAGAUGAGUGUAUGGUCCUUGACAAUGAAGCCCUCUAUGAUAUCUGCUUCAGAACUCUCAAGCUCACAAAUCCAAGCUUUGGUGAUUUGAACCAUUUGAUCUCCACAACCAUGAGUGGAGUCACAUGCUGCCUCCGAUUCCCGGGCCAACUCAACUCCGACCUCCGAAAGCUAGCCGUGAACCUCAUCCCUUUCCCCCGCCUCCACUUCUUCAUGGUCGGUUUCGCGCCCUUAACCUCUCGGGGCUCCCAAUACUAUAGGGCCCUCACAAUCCCAGAGCUCACACAGCAAAUGUGGGACGCCAAGAACAUGAUGUGCGCUGCCGACCCCCGCCACGGCCGCUACCUCACAGCAUCCGCCGUCUUCCGCGGCAAAAUGAGCACAAAAGAAGUGGAUGAGCAAAUGAUCAAUAUACAAAACAAAAACUCCUCCUUCUUUGUCGAGUGGAUCCCAAACAACGUGAAAUCAAGUGUUUGUGACAUUCCACCAACUGGGUUGGCCAUGUCCUCCACAUUCAUGGGAAACUCAACCUCGAUCCAGGAGAUGUUUCGUCGUGUUUCCGAGCAAUUCACGGUCAUGUUUAGGAGGAAGGCCUUCUUGCAUUGGUACACAGGGGAAGGCAUGGAUGAGAUGGAGUUCACUGAGGCAGAGAGCAACAUGAAUGACUUGGUUUCUGAGUACCAGCAGUACCAGGAUGCUGUGGCGCAGGAUGAGGGAGAUGAGUAUGAGGAGGAAGAGGUGGAGAAUUAAGGUGGAGGGUUCAGAAAAAAAAAACUGCAUUUUUUUUGGGGAUGCUUGGCAAGGAAGAAAUUUGAAUUGAAUUAUGUAUUGGGCUCAAUAAUUUGUGCUUGUGCUUGAUAUUUUUUUAUUUUUUAUUUUCUUUUAUUGUUAUUAAUAAGAUGCUUAUGGUAAGUCAUUCGUGGGGUUUGUGGUCAUUUUCCUCUUGUGAA